ACAGUCUCAUUUUCAAGUGCGAUAAAAAUGGCGACUAAAGACAAGAAGCUCUAUGAAGGCGUUUUGUUGACCAGUUUAGAAGAAAGAGAAUCAGUAUCUGCAUCCUUGCCUGUCGCAGUUAAUAUACUGUUACAGGAAAGUUCGACUGGCUUUAGAGUGUUUGCUAAAAAUGGUUAGUUUAUUAGAAAUUUAUCAAAAAAUAAAAACGUUUUUGGUGAAAGUAAACGCAUGACCGGUUUUUUUAAAACUAUUCAUAAAUUUUCUUUUCCUAGAAUAUGAUUGAGUAAUGAUAUCUUUACUAUCUUUUUUUAUAAUAAGAGACUUAUUAAAUGGAAAAUUUAAAAAAAAAAUAGACUCGUCCUAAAAGAAAAUGAAGCGAAUGAUAAUUGACUCUUGGUUUAAGCACAACACACAUAGUGUUUGAAUAAACGUUGACUGCUGGUCGUUGUACCGACGUAUUCAGCGUUUUUAAUUCGAUUCAGAUGCAAUCACACUCAAUCUGACAUGUCAAACAUUUUUAGCGAAUGGAAGAAUAUAUUGAAAAUUUCUGAAAGUUCUUUAAUUCGAAAUUCUGUGUAUUUUAAUAAUACAGAGCUGAGCUUUGGAAAUACAGAGUCCCAGAGAUAUUAAUUAAUUGAGUUCUUGAGCAAAAUUGAGCAUACAAAAAAAACUCAGUUCUUCAAAUAUAAAUUAGUGGUACUGGAGAUCCAGCAGAAAUUGGGUUUAUCGACAAAACCACAGAAAUAUGCAAAAUUGGCAAAAAUUCGGCAGUUGUAAGUUUUGAAGAGAAAGGCAUAAGCCUGAAGUUUCAAGCUGAAAAUGGUUAGUAUUGAUAAACUUUAAGAGAAUCUAUCAACAGGCUCUGAAAGUAGUGCACUUUGUAAUAAAGAGGUAUCAAAAUCUCCGUAGCUGUUAGUUUAGUAAAGAGCCACCAGGCGGAAACGUUAAAUUUUAAAGGCUAAAAUUUAUCAGGCAUAUCAAGACAAGCAUACCCACUUUACUUGCUAUUCAAAUUCAGUUUAGAAGCCUAAUGCCAGACUUGGCAAGAUAUUAUUCUAUGAAAUGUUAGUUAGUUAUUUGAGCUACUUAUUAGUAAAACAACCGUGAGUCAAUCAUGUAUUUUUAGCUGAGUGAGUGUGGAAGUCACAAUGAAUAUUUUUAACAAUUUAAUAUCGUUUUAUGACAAUGUGAAACGAGCUAUUUCUCAGAAAACUAAUUCGGUGUUCAAACUUCGAACUGAAGAAACUUCUGCGAGCCAAUAUUUUCAGUUUUACGGAUACUUAGCACAACAACAAAAUAUGAUGCAAGAUUUUAUACGAACAAGUACCUAUCAAAAGGCAAUGCUAAAUAGUAAUGAAGAUUUUAUGGGAAAGGUUGUUUUGGAUGUAGGAGCAGGAUCUGGAAUUUUAUCAUUUUUUGCAGUACAAGCUGGUGCUAGGAAAGUUUAUGCCGUCGAGGCAUCGUCUAUGGCCCAACAUUGUAGAGAAUUGGUUAAAAAUAAUAACCAGAGCGAUAAAAUAACUGUUCUCUCUGGAAAGAUAGAAGAAAUAGAAUUACCAGAAAGUGUUGAUAUUAUUAUCUCGGAGCCUAUGGGCUACAUGUUGUUUAACGAACGUAUGUUGGAAACAUUCUUGCACGCGAAGAAAUGGUUAAAGAGCGGAGGACGAAUGUUUCCAUCGGAAGCACAUUUGCACAUAGCGCCUUUUAUGGAUGAUGCUCUCUACUCUGAGCAAUUUAGCAAGGCUAACUUUUGGUGUCAGACAAGCUUUCACGGAGUAAAUCUGUCGAGUUUGCAGCAAGCAGCAUUGUCAGAAUAUUUUUGUCAACCCAUAGUUGACACAUUCGAUCCGAGAAUUUGCCUAGCUAAGUCCUUCAAACACACUGUUAAUUUUGGGAAUACAGAAGAAGAGGAUUUACAUCAUAUUGAUAUUCCUGUUUCUUUUACGAUAAACCAAUCUGGAACAUGUCAUGGUUUAGCCUUUUGGUUCGAUGUGGCCUUUUCUGGAAGUAAGGCAGAGCAAGAAGGUCCUGUUUGGCUAUCGACUGCUCCAUCGGAACCACUAACACAUUGGUAUCAGGUCAGAUGCUUGAUUCCUCAACCAAUAUUUCUGAAAAGUGGAGAUUCAUUGGCAGGAAGAGUUAUUUUAUCAGCUAAUAAGAGACAAAGCUAUGACGUUGAUUUGGAGUUAAUGGCUCCAAAUGGUGCAAUGGUGGCUAGCAACACUCUGGACUUGAAGAACCCAUAUUUUAGGUACACUGGCCAAGCUGUUGCCGCUCCACCUCAUACAACCAAUACAAGUCCUACCGAACAAUACUGGACAACCCAGAAUUCUUCUGCAGAACAGCAGAUUUUAUGUAACCUUAUCCCAGCACCACCACCGGAUGGAAAUGCUGUUUCGGAAAUAACGAGUUCUGUUCCUAUCAAUCCUGGAUCUAUACCAGCGGCGGCGAUAAGCAUUGGUCGCCAACCCCUGCCUCAACCUAUGAACUCACCAGCGUUUACAGUUUCGAACCAGUUUAUGAUAGCAGAUUAUGUUCUUCCUCAAAAGUCCUGUCACAAUUCGUUUGUGAAGCAUCUGUAA